UCCGGGCGCAGGGAGUGCGGCCACCUGCAUCCCCACCCUCCUGGCCCCAGGGCCCUCUGGCCCCGGAGUGGUCAAGCUGAGAUGACGGUCAAGCUGGAUUUCGAGGAGUGUCUUAAGGACUCCCCGCGCUUCCGAGCCUCUGUCGAGCUGGUGGAAGCCGAAGUGUCUGAAUUGGAGACCCGGCUGGAAAAGCUCCUCAAGCUGGGUAACGGCCUCCUGGAAAGCGGGCGCCACUACCUCGCGGCCAGCCGCGCCUUCAUUGUUGGCAUCUAUGACCUGGCUCACCUGGGUCCCCCAGAGCCCAUGAUGGCGGAGUGCCUGGACAAAUUCACUCAGAGCCUGAGCCACAAGCUGGACAGCCACGCGGAGCUUCUCGACACCACUCAGCAAACCCUUCAGCAGCAGAUCCAAACCCUGGUCAAGGAAGGUCUCCGCGGCUUCCGAGAGGCUCGUCGGGAUUUCUGGCGGGGCGCCGAGAGCCUGGAGGCUGCGCUUGCCCACAAUGCAGAGGUCCCCAGGCGGCGGGCCCAAGAGGCAGAAGAGGCAGGGGCCGCUUUGAAGGUUGCCCGAGCCGGCUACCGGGGCCGGGCGCUGGACUAUGCCCUGCAGAUCAAUGUGAUUGAGGACAAGAGGAAGUUCGACAUCAUGGAGUUUGUGCUGCGUCUGGUAGAGGCCCAGGCCACCCACUUCCAGCAGGGCCACGAGGAGCUGAGCCGCCUGGCCCAAUAUCGCAAGGAGCUGGGUGGCCAGUUGCACCGGCUGGUCUUGAAUUCAGCUCGAGAGAAGAGGGACAUGGAGCAGAGACACGUGCUGCUGAAACAGAAGGAGCUGGGAGGGGAGGAGCCAGAGCCAAGCCUAAAGGAGGGGCCUGGUGGCCUGGUCAUGGAGGGACAUCUCUUCAAACGGGCCAGCAAUGCAUUUAAGACCUGGAGCAGACGCUGGUUCACGAUCCAGAGCAACCAACUGGUUUAUCAGAAGAAGUACAAGGACCCCGUGACCGUGGUGGUGGAUGACCUCCGUCUCUGCACAGUGAAGCUCUGUCCCGACUCAGAAAGGAGGUUCUGCUUUGAGGUGGUGUCCCCCAGCAAGUCCUGCCUCCUGCAGGCUGACUCAGAGCGCCUCCUGCAGCUGUGGGUCAGCGCUGUGCAGAGCAGCAUCGCGACGGCCUUCAGCCAGGCUCGCCUUGAUGACAGCCCCCGGGGUCCGGGCCAGAGCUCAGGACAUCUGGCUGCGGGCUGUGCUGCCACUCUGGGCUGUGGCGGGAUGGCCAGGGGAAGGGAGCCUGGUGGGGUCGGCCACGUGGCAGCACAGGUGCAGAGCGUGGACGGCAAUGCCCAGUGCUGCGACUGCCGGGAGCCAGCCCCCGAGUGGGCCAGCAUCAACCUCGGCGUCACCCUCUGCAUCCAGUGCUCUGGCAUCCACAGGAGCCUUGGGGUUCAUUUCUCCAAAGUCCGGUCUCUGACCCUUGACUCGUGGGAGCCGGAACUCGUGAAGCUCAUGUGCGAGCUGGGCAACGUGGUCAUGAACCAGAUCUACGAGGCCCGUGUGGAGGCCAUGGCAGUGAAGAAGCCCGGGCCCAGCUGCUCCCGGCAAGAGAAGGAGGCCUGGAUUCACGCCAAAUACGUGGAGAAGAAGUUCCUGACCAAGCUUCCUGAGAUUCGGGGGCGAAGAGGUGGCCGGGGGCCCCCAAGAGGGCAGCCCCCCGUGCCCCCAAAGCCGGGGAACAUCAGGCCCCAGCCGGGGAGCUUCAGAUCCAAGCCAGAGCCACCCUCUGAGGACCUGGGCAGCCUGCACCCUGGGGCCCUGCUCUUUCGAGCUGCUGGGCAUCCUCCGUCCCUUCCCACCAUGGCUGAUGCCCUCGCCCACGGAGCCGAUGUCAACUGGGUCAACGCAAAUCGGGAGAAUGCCACCCCGCUGAUCCAGGCCACAGCUGCUAAUUCUCUUCUGGCCUGUGAGUUUCUCCUCCAGAACGGGGCAAGUGUGAACCAAGCGGACAACCAGGGCCGGGGCCCGCUUCACCACGCAACCAUUCUUGGCCACACCGGGCUGGCCUGCCUGUUCCUGAAACGUGGGGCUGAUCUGGGAGCUCGAGACUCUGAAGGCAGAGACCCCCUGACCAUCGCCGUGGAAAAAGCCAACGCUGACAUCGUCACUCUGCUCCGACUGGCAAAGAUGAGAGAGGCCGAUGCGGCCCAGGGCCAGGCUGGAGAUGAGACGUAUCUCGACAUCUUCCGAGACUUCUCCCUCAUGGCAUCUGACGACCCCGAGAAGCUGAGGCGGCGCAGUCAUGACCUCCACACGCUAUGAUCUCAGACCGUCGAGGGCCCCGCACCGGCUACUCCUCCCCUCCGCCCCUUCGCCAUUAAAUCCUCUGUGCCUUGCUC